AAAGGUUUAAGCGGAUACUCAUUUGAGCUUGUUGGCGUGAGGGGCCGAGCACAACUCUACCGAGAAGAACAAAAGCUGCCGCCGCCUCUCACUCUGUUCACUUCGUCCGCUGUCGUGCCGCUGCUGUUCGUCAGUUGAUUCCGGCGUUGUCAUUAGGCAUAUUAAUGGGUGUGAUUGGCACCUCAUCUCUUUGUUCACUGAAGUGUAACACCAGUUUUCACCAAUUUGUGCUACCAAAGAAACCGCAUUUAUCAUUUGAAGGAAACAAGAGAAGGCUCGUUACAAUGGCAUCCACUACGUCUUUAGAACAACAGGUGAAUCAGGGUCAACAGAGUUUGACUGGUGACACAUUUAUUCGACAACAUUUGAGGAAACUAUCACCUUAUCAGCUAAUUUUGCCCUUUGAGGUUUUAUCAAGCCAACUUGGAAGAAAACCUGAGGAUAUUAUCAAAAUAGAUGCAAAUGAAAACCCCUAUGGUCCACCUCCAGAGGUUCAUCAAGCAUUGGGACAAUUGAAAUUCCUAUAUAUCUAUCCAGAUCCUGAAAGUCGCCAACUGCGUGAUGCCCUAUCUAAAGAUUCGGGGCUUGAAUCAAAUCACAUUCUUGUUGGCUGUGGUGCAGAUGAACUCAUUGAUUUGAUUAUGCGAUGUGUACUAGAUCCUGGUGACAAGAUUUUGGACUGCCCUCCAACCUUUACCAUGUAUGAAUUUGAUGCUGCUGUUAAUGGUGCACAUGUUAUCAAAGUUCCAAGGAAUUCAGACUUCAGCUUGAAUUUGGAACUCAUUGCUGAUGCUGUUGAGAGGGAGAAACCAAAAUGCAUAUUUUUAACUUCUCCGAAUAAUCCAGAUGGAAGUAUCAUCAAUGAUGAAGAUCUUCUCAAGAUCCUUGAGAUGCCCAUAUUAGUGGUACUAGAUGAAGCAUACAUUGAGUUUUCAGGUCUUGAUUCCAAGAUGAAGUUGGUGAAGAAGCAUGAUAACUUAAUUGUCCUCCGUACAUUUAGCAAAAGAGCUGGUUUAGCUGGACUUCGUGUUGGUUAUGGAGCAUUUCCUCUGAGCAUAAUUGAGUAUGUCUGGCGAGCAAAGCAACCUUAUAAUGUUUCUGUUGCCGCUGAAGUUGCUGCAUGUGCAGCUUUGCAGAACCCUGCAUACCUGGAGAAUGUGAAGGAGAUGUUGAUACAAGAACGGGAGAGGCUCUUUAAACUUCUGAAGGAAAUAUUAUUUCUCAAUCCAUAUCCAAGCUAUUCAAAUUUUAUUCUUUGUGAGGUUACUUCUGGAAAGGAUGCUAAGAAACUAAAGGAGGAUCUUGCAAAAAUGGGUGUCAUGAUCCGGCAUUAUAACAAGAAAGAAUUAAAGGGUUAUGUACGUGUGUCUGUUGGGAAGCCUGAACACACAGAUGCUUUGAUGAAGUGCCUCAGAAUCCUUUCUUGAAUCUUGAAGACAAAGCUUGGAAACCGAGCGUAAAACAAGCCAAGCUCAUAAUUUGAUUCUCCUGUGUUGUACCCAUAUGAAGCUUUCUCUGUUUCUUUAGUUGGUAACUACAAGAUUUUAUCAACGAUAGUAUUGGCUGGUGACGUUGCGCCAGGCUCAGUGUGCUUUUUCUUUCUUUCCUGUUUUAGGAAAAAUAAUGUUGCAUAAAAAACUGGAGUGCCUGGUUUUCUGGCAAACCUCUGCCAGCAACGUUGAGUGAAUUAUUUGUUUUAGAUACUUAACCUACAGUAUGAUAGAAUCCGGUGUAAUGUUACAGUAACAUUUUUUUUGGAUAAUGUGAGCCUGAAAUGUUGUCCA